GCCCAUUCUCUGUUUUGGGGACAUGAAGAGGGUAAACUUGGACAUUUAAGUCUACUACAUGAUAUUUUGACUACUCUGAAGGACUCCUUGCAGCAGUCUGCUUCCUUUUGUCUUGUGUCUAAGAUUGUGUAUUAGCCAAAAAGAAGAGUUGUCAUCAUGGCACUUAUGAUACUACCAUUCAUUGGAUCAGUGUCGGUGUCUGAGAGUUUGGUGGCCAUGGCAACAGUGUGUCUGGUCUACCUGCUCUUGAAGUUUUUCCACACCGAGAUUCCUGAGGGGCUUCGUCGUCUUCCUGGUCCAAAGCCCCUGCCCAUCAUCGGAAAUGUGCUGGAGAUCGGCAGCAGACCCUAUCUGAGUCUCACUGCAAUGAGCAAGCGCUAUGGUGAUGUUUUCCAGAUCCAGAUUGGCAUGCGUCCCGUGGUGGUGCUAAAUGGCAAUGAAACAAUUCGACAAGCUCUCAUUAAGCAAGGGGAGGACUUUGCAGGCAGACCCGACCUGUACAGCUUCAAGUUUAUCAAUGAUGGAAAGAGUCUGGCCUUCAGUACAGACAAGGCUGGCGUUUGGCGUGCCCGUAGAAAGCUGGCCUACAGUGCUCUGCGAUCCUUUGCGACCUUGGAGGGCACGACCCCAGAGUAUUCCUGUAUGCUGGAGGAACACAUCUGCAAAGAGGGAGACUAUCUGAUCAAACAGCUCAACACUGUCAUGAAGACCGAUGGUAGCUUUGACCCCUUUCGACACAUUGUUGUCUCUGUUGCCAAUGUGAUCUGCGGAAUGUGCUUUGGCCGACGCUACGACCACAAUGACCAAGAGCUGGUCGGCUUGGUGAACCUCAGUGAUGAGUUUGGACAGGUGGUGGGUAGCGGCAACCCUGCAGACUUUAUCCCUUUUCUUCAGUACUUGCCCAGCACAACCAUGAAGAAUUUUUUGAGCAUCAAUGCCCGCUUCAAUGACUUUGUACAAAAGAUUGUCUCAGAGCACUACGCCACCUAUGACAAGGACAACAUCCGUGACAUUACUGAUUCCCUCAUUGACCACUGUGAGGACAGGAAGUUGGAUGAAAACUGCAAUGUUCAGAUGUCAGAUGAUAAGAUUGUAGGAAUCGUCAAUGAUCUGUUUGGAGCUGGUUUUGACACCAUUUCUACUGCCCUGUCUUGGUCCGUGAUGUACAUGGUGGCUUAUCCAGAGAUUCAGGAGAGGCUCUUUGAAGAAAUAAAGGAAAACGUGGGAUUGGACCGCACACCCCUCCUUUCUGAUAAGAACAACUUACCUCUUCUUGAGGCCUUCAUCUUGGAGAUUUUGCGCCACUCUUCAUUCCUGCCCUUCACUAUUCCACACUGCACCACAAAAGACACAUCCCUGAAUGGUUUCUUCAUUCCCAAAGACACCUGCGUCUUUGUCAAUCAGUGGCAGGUCAACCAUGAUCCUGAGCUGUGGAAAGAUCCGUCCUCAUUUAACCCAGAUCGCUUCCUGAGUCCUGAUGGCACUGAGGUUAACAAGCUGGAAGGGGAGAAGGUGAUAGCUUUUGGCAUGGGAAAGAGGCGGUGCAUCGGUGAGGUCAUUGCACGAAAUGAAGUCUACCUCUUCUUGGCUAUCAUUAUCCAGAAGCUACACUUCCACGCCCUGCCUGGUCAGCCACUGGACAUGACCCCAGAGUAUGGUCUCACAAUGAAGCACAAGCGCUGCCAUCUGAGAGCCACAAUGAGAACAAGAUGAGCAGUGAAACUGCUUAGAAUGUACAGUGUAUAAUUCAAAGGUGGUAUAAGCUGAGGAGUCAAGUUAAGAAUCAGUCAAAGAAGUAACUUUCUUAGAAUAUAAAGAACUGGGUACCAGAUCUAACAAAAAGAGCUAAUGGCAUUAAAGCAAAAAA